UGCCGGCAGUAGUUUAAUAGAAGUGAAAAGAGGGAACAUAUGAAGGCGAUAGAUCAGAUAAAACCUUUCAGGCAAAGCUGUGCAGCCGUCUGUGGCCAUAUAUACCAGCACUUCUUCUCAAUUCCCCAUCUUCAUUUCUUGCUUCUUGCUUAUAGCCAAAUAGUUUAUAGCCAUGGCAAUCAAAGUUCAUGGAUAUGCCAUGUCUACAUGUACCGCACGCGUCUUGCUUUGUCUAUCUGAGAAGGGCCUCGAAUACGAGGUUGUUCCAGUUGAUGUGGCCAACGGUGCCCACAAACAACAACCUUACUUAUCUCUCAAUCCAUUUGGCCAAAUACCUGCAUUUGAGGAUGGGGACGUCAAGAUCUUUGAAUCAAGGGCAAUUUCCAAGUACUUGGCACGCAAGUACAAGGACACUGGCAUUGACCUCUUGGGAUCAAGUAGUUUAACAGUGUCGACGAUUGUGGAUACAUGGAUGGAAGUGGAGUCUCACCAAUUCAACAGUCCAAUGCAAGCAAUCAUCCGCCAAAUGAUUGUCAAUCCGAUAUUUGGAAUCGCCACUGAUGAGAAGAUCAUCGAAACCGAAUUGGAGAAGCUAGGAAAAGUUCUUGAUGUCUACGAGGAGAGGCUGUCUAAAUGUAAAUACCUUGGCGGUGACUUCUAUAGCUUGGCUGAUCUGCACCACAUUCCCUAUCUUGUUUACUUCAUGAGAACUCCUAAAUCAUCUGUCAUAACUUCUCGUCCUCAUGUAAGCGCAUGGUGGAACGAUAUUUCAUCAAGGCCUGCCACGGUUAAGGUUGCAGAAACCAUGAAAGUGUAGCUGGUCUCAAGGAAUCUGUUACAACUACCCUGUUGCUGCUAUCCAUGGUCAAGAAAUAAAGAAUGUACGUUUUGUUUGAUUUCUAGACCUCCGGGUCUCUAAUAAAAUAGUGUUUGGAAUAAAAAUUUGGGGUGUCUACUGUCUACAAUUUGC